AUGAGCAGCUGCAUCGUCAACAGCACGCCCGCCGUCAUUCGGCCGCUUGUCACCAGUGGCCUUCCCUGCACCAUCAGAGGUUCCGGCGUGAGCGGCUGCUGCUCGAUCUUUCCGUAUCCGCACUCCGUCCUGCCCGCCGGCGAGGAUUCGGCCAGGCGAGCCAUCCACUUCGUGCAGGUGGGCCGGUGCGGCCAGCUCAAGGCGCUGCUCGACCACGGCGCAGACAUCAACCAGGUUGACGGCGACGGGCGCACAGUGCUGCACCACAACAUCAUGGACCACCAAGCCCGUUGGCCCGCGCAACCGCUUCCACCGAAGUGGCUCGAGUACCUGCGCGCGAAGGGACUCAACUUCUCCCUGCGCGGGCCGGAUGGCCUGAGCUACGACGAGUUCUGGCAGCUGGACCACGAGGGGGAGGACCCGGAGCUCGUGCGACUGGUGCUGCAGAGCGACAAGGCAACUCCCUCCCCAAUGAUUGGACCGAUUCAAUUGUCUGAUUGUUGUAUGGUGGUUCUGCGUGGCGCGAGCACGGCCUGA